AUGGCUAUUCCUAUAAGUCAAAAUAGUAAGAGUGUACAGAGAGCGCGUGAAGAAAUGGUAAACACAUUAGUGAAAAGCGGCAGAAAAUAUAACACAAAAAAAACACAAAAGGAAAUAGAAGAAAACGGAAGAAAAAAAAAAGACGUUUCCAGACGAAAGAUAAAGGCAAUGGAAAAGGGUAUUGGUGACCAAAAAAUAAAAAAAAAAUUCAACCGUGAUCCGUCUAAAUUGACGGCCACAUUUAAAGGCUAUCAUGCAGUAGUUGUAGGUGCUCUGUACCGAUCAUUGAAGAAUAGACAAAAGGGCAAAGAUCUUCUUGUGGUGAAUGUUGGCGAGUUUAGGCCAUUUCAAUCAUCGCUUGCCAAAGUUGCAAGAUGGUGUAGAUGUAACUCAAUUGGCAACGUGUCUGUACGAGGGCGUGCUCUUUUUGUGUUUAGUAGCAUUGGUAUCCAUUGGGUGUUGGGUGUUAUUGCAUGUACAGGUACAGGUGCAGGUACAGAUCACUACAUUCUUGCAGGGGCGUGGUGUAUUAUUGAUGUUGAUGUCAAUGUGACCAAUGAAAGCUUUAUAGAAGCAAAAGAUGGAGAUAAGAAGAAGAAGUCUUGCCUUUGUAUCAUAUAA